UGUGUUCUUGAGCUCCUAUGGUCUAAGUCAAACUCAAGUUCAAGAUCUGGUGAAUUGAAUCUUGCUACUGAAGUUAGAGAUGAAUUAUUUCCCUGAUGAAGUAAUAGAGCACGUAUUCGACUUCGUAACAUCUCACAAAGACAGGAAUGCUAUAUCUCUUGUAUGCAAAUCAUGGUACAAGAUUGAAAGAUAUAGUAGACAAAAGGUUUUCAUUGGAAACUGUUAUGCCAUUAAUCCAGAGAGGUUGCUUCGGAGAUUCCCAUGUUUAAAGUCUUUGACUUUGAAAGGAAAACCUCAUUUUGCGGAUUUCAAUUUGGUUCCUCAUGAAUGGGGAGGUUUUGUGCUACCUUGGAUUGAGGCUUUAGCUAGAAGUCGUGUAGGACUUGAGGAGCUUAGGUUGAAGAGGAUGGUUGUUACUGAUGAGAGUCUUGAGCUGCUUUCUCGUUCUUUUGUGAAUUUUAAGUCUUUGGUGCUUGUUAGCUGUGAAGGUUUUACUACUGAUGGUCUUGCCUCUAUUGCCGCUAAUUGCAGGCAUCUUCGGGAUCUUGACUUGCAAGAAAAUGAAAUCGAUGAUCAUAGAGGUCAAUGGUUAAGUUGUUUCCCCGACACUUGUACGACCCUUGUCACACUAAACUUUGCGUGUCUCGAAGGAGAAACUAAUCUGGUGGCUCUAGAGAGGCUUGUUGCAAGGUCUCCAAACCUAAAGAGUCUGAAGCUAAACCGUGCAGUGCCGUUAGAUGCACUUGCAAGGUUAAUGGUGUGUGCGCCGCAGAUAGUUGAUUUAGGAGUAGGGUCGUAUGAGAAUGACCCAGAUUCAGAGUCUUACAUGAAACUCAAGGCUGCCGUAAAGAAAUGCACCUCGUUAAGGAGUUUGUCGGGUUUUCUAGAAGCUGCGCCUCACUGUCUCUCAGCUUUCCACCCAAUAUGUCAUAACCUCACCUCCUUGAAUCUUAGUUACGCAGCUGAGAUUCAUGGUAGCCACCUUAUUAAGCUUAUUCAGCAUUGCAAGAAACUUCAGCGGUUGUGGAUAUUGGAUAGUAUAGGUGACAAAGGGCUUGAAGUUGUAGCUUCUACAUGCAAAGAGUUACAAGAGCUUAGGGUCUUUCCAUCUGAUUUACUCGGUGGAGGCAACACAGCUGUGACCGAAGAAGGUCUAGUUGCCAUCUCCGCAGGCUGCCCUAAGCUUCACUCGAUACUCUACUUCUGCCAGCAGAUGACAAACGCAGCUCUCGUAACCGUUGCCAAGAACUGUCCAAAUUUCAUCCGGUUCAGGCUCUGCAUCCUCGAGCCAAACAAGCCCGAUCACGUCACAUCUCAACCUCUAGACGAAGGGUUUGGAGCAAUCGUCAAAGCCUGCAAGAGCCUGAGGCGGCUUUCCCUCUCAGGUCUCCUCACAGACCAAGUCUUCCUCUACAUCGGGAUGUACGCGAAUCAGCUCGAGAUGCUCUCAAUAGCUUUCGCAGGGGAUACAGACAAAGGCAUGCUUUAUGUGUUGAAUGGUUGCAAAAAGAUGAAAAAGCUGGAGAUUCGGGAUAGUCCGUUUGGCGACACGGCGCUUCUUGCUGAUGUGAGCAAGUACGAGACAAUGCGAUCCCUUUGGAUGUCGUCAUGUGAAGUCACACUCAGCGGAUGCAAAAAGCUCGCACAGAAAGCGCCAUGGCUCAAUGUUGAGAUCAUAAACGAGAAUGAUAAUAACCGGAUGGAGGAAAACGGACACGAAGGAAGACAGAAAGUUGAUAAGUUGUAUCUGUACCGGACUGUGGUUGGGACAAGAAUGGAUGCGCCGCCAUUUGUGUGGAUUCUCUAAGUCCUUUUCAGACCAAAACAUGGAACUGGUUCAAUGCUUCUAGUUUCUGAGAUUCUGAUUGGUUUAGUGUGUCCUUUCCCAAUUAGGUGUACUUGUGUUUUUUCUUUUCUUUAAAUUAAGACAAGAACUGAUU